AUGGAGCCAAUAGCACCUCAAGCUCCGAAACCGAAGUUGGCUACCCCUCGCACGGCUGCAGUGGUAACAUUGCAGCCGGAGGCGCAAGUAAAGGGUGUCACGUACGCCCACGUCCUGGAGCGAGCCGAGCAGGGUGUAAAGCUUCAGGACCUCGGUAUCUGUGGCGGACUUAAAGUCCGUCGUUCUGCGACGGGUGCCAGAGUCCUGGAGCUGCCUAGGGCCCAGUCGGACCAAGCAGAAAAGCUUGCCGAGAAGCUCCGCACUGUUUUGGAUGGGGUGGCUAACGUUGUCCGCCAUACAAUGAAGGUGGACUUAAGGGUGACGGGCCUAGACGACUCCGUCACUAGGGAAAAGUUAAUCGCCGCUGUCGCUCGUGAGGGGAGUUGCCCCGUUGAGGCGAUUAAGUGCGGAGAGAUGUCACGCGGACCCGGAUACAUGGGUAUGGCUCGUGUGACAUGUCCGAUAGCGGUGGCGAAAAAACUGUCUGACAGCGGUUGUCUUCUGGUUGGAUGGAGUUCAGCCAGGGUACACGUUUUGGAGCAGCGUCCUUUGCGCUGCUUCAAGUGCAUGGGUCUUGGUCACACCAAGGCACUCUGCCCAUCUAGGGCUGAACGUGCGGGACUUUGCUUCCGGUGCGGCGUCGAUGGCCUCAAAUCGGUGGGCUGCACGGGGAAGCUGCGCUGCGCAGUGUGCGCGGACGCUGGAAAGCCCUCCGGGCACAUGAUGGGGUCGAGGGAGUGCAUCCCACCCAUCACGAAGGAAAUCAGCUUCCUUCAGACGAACCUAAACCACUGCGCCGGGGCUCAAGACCUACUGCUGCAGUCCAUGGCGGAGUGGGAGAUCGACCUGGCUGUGGCCUGCGAGCCCUACUACGUCCUUCCCCUACCUCAUUGGGCAGGUGACUUGGACGACACCGUGGCGGUCCUCACUCGCAACGGAACAGGUCCUCCCCUCUCACUCAUUGAGAGGGGCUCGGGCUACGUAGUGGCGGAGUGGGGAGAGUACGUAGUUGUGGGAACGUACUUCUCCCCUAACCGCAGCUUGGUAGAGUUCGAGACAUAUCUUGGAUCGCUCAGAGCUGCGGUGGCCAGACAGUCGAUGAAACCUAUUCUGGUUCUCGGCGACUUAAACGCGAAGUCACGCGCCUGGGGCAACCCCGCCACGAACCUGCGAGGAAGGGCUGUCCAAGUGUGGGCACUACUCUCCGGCCUAUCCCUACUGAACAAGGGGCAGGCUCACACCUGCGUGCGCCAUAACGGGGGGUCCGUGGUGGACGUCUCCUUCGCCACACCUGUCGUAGCACGCAGAGUGUCGGAAUGGAGGGUAGAGGAAGAGGUGGAGACUCUGUCGGACCACCGUUACAUCCAAUUCGAGAUCUCUACCACUCGCAGGCUGGCGGAACUCCAGAGGGUGCCGACCACUUUGCCGAGGUGGUCUCUUGGCCAGUUAGACCGCGAGCUAGUCAAGGAGGCCGCCAUUGUGCAACGGUGGGGUUCCGCGGGACGGAGGGAGGGUGCCAGCGUGGAAGAGCUGGCGGGCCGCAUUAGCCGUGCCCUCAAAGAGGUCUGCGAUGCGGCCAUGCCGAGGACCCGUCGCAGAGCCCAGCGCCGGCAUGUGUACUGGUGGUCGCCCGAAAUAGCCGAGCUUCGGGCGACGUGCAAUCGGGCGCGGCGGGCCUACGUCCGCUGUCGAAGACGCAACGGCCUCGAUGUGGACCUGGAGGGACAGCUUUUGGCGGCUUACCGCCAGCUAAAAAAGGACCUGCAGCUGGCAAUAAGUCGGGCCAAAGAGAAGGCGAGGGAAGAGCUGCUGGUGAGCCUCAACCGAAACCCAUGGGGGCGAGCAUAUCGAGGGUUUCGCAGAAAAUUCCGCACCCAAACUACCCCCGUGACGGAGACGCUGCCGCCGGAGCUCGUUCUGCGCCUGUUUAAUAUUCGAGACGAGCACAGAGGCUCUCCGAUACCAAGGGGUGCCGAUCUAUCUGAGGAGACUGUUGGAGGCGUACCUCCAGGACAGGGAGGUCGUAUGGGCAGGAGGCGACGGAAAGUUGGUCCGGCGUCGGCCAACAUUAUACCCGUCGCUAAAGAAAGGGAAGCUAUCGUAUUAUAA